CUUUUGUUGACCACAAAUACCAUUUUGACCUUCUAGACUUCCCAUUUGCAACCGACCUUCCUACCUUGUCACCCUUUCAAAACCAGCCUUUUAAGUCUCUCUCUAUUCCCAUUCCUCCUCCUUCACCACCACAACCACCAAUAAGACCAACACCAACACCUUCAGGGAUUUUGGGGGAAUCCAGUUCUAGGGUUUUUAAAUUUCUUUCUUGUAUAUUGCAAUAUCACAAAUAUUAAGCCUUAAAGAUGCCACCUUUUGCAGAAUCAAGGUCUCCUUUUAAUGGGUUGCAGCUAAAUAAGCCAGACCCAAGCUCCAAUAUUGUAACCAUUGAUGUUGGUGGUCAGCUUUUCCAAACCACCAAGCAAACCCUAACCCUAGCUGGCCCAAAAUCGCUUUUCUCCACCGUUUCCAAUUCUUCCGAUCAACAUGGUGUCCCUUUCGUUGACAGAGACCCUGAAUUGUUUUCAAUCAUUCUCUCUCUUCUCAGAACCGGUCAUCUUCCAUCCAAAGCCAAAGCUUUCGAUCUUCAAGACCUCAUCUUCGAAGCCCAAUUCUACGGCAUUGAAAGCCUCCUCUUAGCUUCGCAAUCGAACCCAUCUCAGUUUGAAGCUUUUAAUCUCGAAAAAUCAUUGAUUUUGCCGUUGAGUGGCCGUGACUCGCCCUCCGCGAUCUCUACCACACCGUAUGGGUUCGUUCACGUCGCGCACGGUAGCAAAAUUACAUCUUUUGAUUGGGCUCUUCGAAGAAAAUCCACAAUCUUGACUCAAUUCACCGCCGUCGAUUCUCUAUUGGCGUUAUCGCCGAACGUAGCCGCGGCCGGAGCCACAGACUUUUCUGGGUUACAGAUUCUUGAUCUUGAUAAGGGUUUGGUUAGAGAGACAUUGAAUUGGGAGAACGUGACAAGGUCUAGUUCAACAGUACAGGCAAUUGGGUCAUCUCCUGAUUAUUUGUUCACUAGUUUUGAAUCCGGUAGGAGGAAUUCGAAUUCGAUUAUGGUUUUUGAUAUCCAGGGUGGUUUUCGCCCAGUUACCGAGAUCGGUCCUAAUGAAAUUUUUGGGGCUGACCUUGAUUCUGCUAUUCCUGCAACGAACUUGAAGUGGCUUUCAAAACACAAUUUGUUGAUGGCUGCUGGGUCUCAUAGUGGACCUUCAGGUGUAUCCGGCAACAUCAAGUUUUGGGACUUGAGGUCUGGGAAUGUAGUUUGGGAGCUGAAGGAAAAAGUUGAUUGCUUUUCGGAUGUCACUGUUUCGGAUAAUCUUUCUGCAAUGUUCAAGGUUGGUGUGAAUUCGGGGGAGGUGUUCUACACUGAUGUGAGGAAUGCCGGUGCAGAGAAUCCGUGGGUAUGUGUUGGGAAUAGAACAAAGGUGAUCAAUGGGAAGAAAGAAGGGCUUGGUUGCAGGAUUGAAAGUCAUGACAAUCAAGUGUUUUGCAGUAGGGGAGGUGAUUUGGAGUUGUGGUCAGAGGUUUUAGUUGGUGCUUCGAGGAAUAGUGAAGAUGGGUUGGAGGACAGGGUCUUCAGGAAGAACUUAAUGGGGAGAGUUAAGGACGUUGGAGGAAGUAGGAUAACCCACAUGGCUUUUGGAGGUAACAAAAUGUUCAUGACAAGGAAGGAUCAGCAAUUUGUUGAGGUUUGGCAGAGUUCUGUUAAGGGAUUUUGAUCUCGAAAAUUAACAUUUGAAUCAAUAGGUAGAAUACUGUUUAUAUUGGUUUCACAUGUAAGCUAGCUAUUCCUCAACGCUGUAAGUAGCUAUUUGUAAGAUUCAUUUGGAAAUGACUUUGUAUCAUGUCAAGUUUCCAAUUCUUUAUAAAUGUUAAUUUAUAUCA